AUGUGUGGACGUGCGAAAAUACCAGAUAAAUAUGUGGCGGAAUGUUAUGAAGAAUACCAUAACCGAUUAAACAAACAUUACAGUAAUGGAAGUGGAAUACCAUCUGAUGGUUAUGUCUUAUUAGUCGACGCUGUGAAUGCGAAAUCGUGUUAUAGUGGUGCAGCAGCAUCUGCAUUAUCUUGUCUGAUGGAUCAGGAAACCGAUAGAGGUAAAAGAUUUAUUCCAUUCUGUAAUAAAAUUCGAGAAGCAACAUGUCGCGAUGCAUUCUCCUACGGAGCAUGUAGUAUUCGAAAAUAUUUAAUUGAAGUUCCAAAAGAGGAUCGGUUCUUCAAAGUCGCUCCAUUUGCUACUAAAUAUGAUGCCAAAUAUUUUGGAGGAGUCGAUUCGUUUAAAGAUUAUUGUCCAACACUAGGUUAUGUUAAAGGUUUGAGUGUCGAUUAUAAAGCAACAUCAUUUUGUACACAUGAAGAAAAUGUUAAACUGUCACGUAAGCACAUCUUACUUCUUUUGCUUAAUGCGCAUUGA